AUGGCUCAUAAACGGAGUCUGAACGCGGAGAAGAGAUAUAGAGCGCAAACGGGCGGGGGGCGUUCCUUCAAUGAAGAGAACGCCUUUGCGAACAAGAAUGACCCCAGCCCCUUUGAAAACGCCACAGAACAAGCUUUGUGGGAGUAUUUUGACAAUACUCCCACCACAGUCCCGUUCAAGGAGGGGGAAUCUUUUGUUGGAAAAAGAAAGAGGGCUGCAACCCCGGAUGAUGAUGUACUGUCACAUUCGCUCUCGCCGGAGCCUAACAUGGACGACUUUCUUAGUGACAGCGAGGACGACAGGGACAGGCGGCCGAAGCACCCUCGAGUGACAGAAAAGGAUAUGCUGGAAGAGCAAAUGCUACUCAUUCAAGAUCAACGAAAAUUCUUUCGCAAACUGAUGCAUACGUUGGACGUAUUCACUGAUUAUAUCAUGCGACAGCAAGACAGAUCGAAAGGAUACCAAGAAAAUCAGCAGAAAACUCCGACGGCGGAUCCAAAUAUUGAAGAGUCCUUAUUUUCAAGCCAGCAGUCAAUUUAA